UAUGAUUUCAUGACGCAGAGGAAAUGUAAUCAAGAAUAACUGGUUGCCAUUCGACACAAAAUGGAUAAUAAUUACGAAGCAUCUAAGUUUAGAUUAUUAGAAGCUAAUCGAAUAGACUUUGUGAAAAGGAUAAAUGUACCAGCCAUACUUCCUCAUCUAGCUGGCACCCUUUCCCGAUCCGAUAUGGAAUAUUUACAUGCUCAAUGGAAACUCAAUGGGAACAAUGCAGCUUCGCUUCUAUUGGACAAACUUGUCCGAAGAGAUGACUGGGUAGAAGGAUUAGUUCAGGCUUUACGCAGUGAUGAUGUUAACCUUAAUAACCUGGCAGAUAUACUUGAUCCGAACCAUCUCAUACCUGACAUUAUCAAACAUUAAAGUAAAGUACUAAAGCAGAGAGACAAUAAGGAGUUAAAGCCUGCAUAUAAAAUUGAAACGCCAAUCUAUACGUAUGACCAAUCGCCUAUACGAAGGCAUCGCUUAAAUAUUUUCCAUUUUACGUUUAGGUUGUGAAAAACA